GAGAGCUAUUGGUUUGAUAACUACACUGCCUUUGAAUCAGUGACCCGACCUAAAUAUUUCAUAAAAACAGAGAACACAAGGCUUGUCAUUGCCCUCGACCAGGCUUCAUCGAUUGCUUUUAAACACGAAGCAGGGUUCAGGAAAUGGAGGGAAUGUAAACUGAGCAGACCUGGUACCUCCUACCAAGGCAAAUUGAGCACUUCAAGAAAUCACAAAAUUUGCCAAAGAUGGGAUUCUCAGACUCCACACCGACACAAUUUUACAGACUCUAGUUUGUUUCCCGAUGAUUCAUUAGAAAUGGCUGGAAAUGCUUGUCGUAACCCUGAUAAUGAUGCGAAUGGACCUUGGUGCUUAGUGAGCGAUCACGUCCUCACUUGGGACUAUUGCGACAUAGAUUUCUGUG